CCGUGCCAUGACAUGCACACGCCGGCUCCCUCUGCCGAUCUAGGUGAAGAGGGAGGGGUAUAUCUCUUUAAGAACUGGAGAGAAGGCAUUGCUGCGCGCCGAUUCCUCGACCGCCGGAGGCACGUGUGCGCUCCCCCUUCCAGAGUACGCGAGGGGGAGGGGUCGUCCCCACCUUCUCAAGGGAAAGGGACACGCUGGGAGGGGGGAUGCUAGAUCAGACAAAGCCGCCGAAGGCACACGCGCGCUGCCUCGUGCGAGAUGCUCGAUGGAUGGGGGCGGGGUCUCGCCCCACAUCACCCCAGGUGAGAGCGAUAUGCGGAGGCACUCAGAAAGGACGCGGGAGGGGAGCGAGAUUAUCGAUUUUGGAACGAAGUUUCGCCGACCUUGAGCCGCCGGAGGCAUGCGCGGGGUCCCUCGGUGAAGGAUGCGACGAGGGCAGGGUGCCCUCCCUCCCCCUCCGCCGUUACGAACAGACUAAUUCCACUUUACGCGACCAUCGGCCAACCUUUUGGCGAGGUCGAGCCGCCGGAGGCGCGCGCGCACCCCCGGUGAAGGCCGCGAAGACGGUGGGGGCCCUCCACUUUCUUUCCGACUUGAGUCAGGUUGGGGGACCUUGACCCCUUGUAUGAUGUCCUUCUGCUGAGCCUGAGUCGCCGGAGGCGUGCGGGACAGCCCUCGAGGGGGGGUGCGACGAGGGUGGGGGAUCUCUACAUCCGCCCUCUCUUAACAUAAGGCCCCCCUUCGCAAUUUCUUGAGUGACUUCAGGCGUGUUCGAGGAACCGGACGCGAGCGCGUGCCCCUUCGUUGAGGAGUG